AUGGAGGAGAACCAGUGCGUUGCGCCUGGGGUUCCCAGUCACAUGAGCGCAGGUACAAAACCAACAGCUGUUGGAUGCUUCAGCUCACAUGUGACAGAGUUUCCAAGAAAACGCAAAGGAAGUGAUUCAGACCCAACCCAGUCAGGAAUCAUGACAGAAAAAGUGGUGGAAAAUCUUUCUCAGAAUCCCUUUACCUAUCUUCUUUCAACAAGAAUAGAAAUAUCAGCAACCAGUGGCAGCAGAGAAGCUCAUAGCCAAACUGAAAAGCGGAGGAGAGAUAAAAUGAAUAACCUGAUUGAAGAACUGUCUGCAAUGAUUCCUCAGUGCAAACCUGUGGCACGUAAACUGGACAAACUUUCAGUUUUAAGAAUGGCUGUGCAGCACUUGAAAUCUUUAAAAGGCAUGACAAAUUCUUAUGCAGGAGAUAAUUAUAGACCUUCAUUUAUUCAGGAUAAUGAGCUCAGACACUUAAUCCUUAAAACUGCAGAAGGCUUCCUAUUUGUGGUUGGAUGUGAAAGAGGAAGAAUUCUCUUCGUUUCUAAGUCAGUCUCCAAAACACUUAAUUAUGAUCAGGCUAGUUUGACUGGACAAAGCUUAUUUGACUUCUUACAUCCAAAAGAUGUUGCCAAAGUAAAGGAACAACUUUGUUCUUCUGAAAUUUCACCAAGAGAGAAGCUAGUAGAUGCCAAAACUGGUUUGCAAGUUCACAGUAAUUUCCACACUGGAAGGAUGCAUAUGUAUUCUGGCUCAAGACGAUCUUUUUUCUGUCGGAUAAAGAGCUGUAAAAUCUCUGUCAAAGAAGAGCAUUCUAGUCUCCAGAACAGUAAGAAAAGAAAACAUAGAAAAUUUUAUACUGUCCACUGCACUGGUUACUUGAGAAGCUGGCCUCCAAAUAUUAUUGGAAUGGAAGAAGAAAGGGACAAUAAGAAAGAAAACAGUAAUUUUACCUGCCUUGUUGCCAUUGGAAGAUUACACCCAUAUAUUGUCCCACAGAACAGUGGAGAGAUUAAAGUAAAACCAGCUGAAUUUAUAACCCGGUUUGCAAUGAACGGAAAAUUUGUCUAUGUAGAUCAAAGGGCAACAGCAAUUUUGGGAUAUCUGCCCCAGGAACUUUUGGGAACUUCUUGUUAUGAAUAUUUUCAUCAAGAUGACCAUAAUAAUUUGACUGACAAGCACAAAGCAGUCCUACAGAGCAAGGAGAAAAUAUUUAUAGAUUCAUACAAAUUCAGAGCAAAAGAUGGCUCUUUUGUAACUUUAAAAAGCCAGUGGUUUAGUUUCACAAAUCCUUGGACCAAGGAACUGGAAUAUAUUGUGUCUGUCAACACUUUAGUUUUGAGGCACAGUGAGACUCGAGAAGCAUCAUUUUUCCCCUGUAGCUCUCACUCACCAGAAGAAUCCUCCAAACAGUCAUGUACUAGUGUGCCUGGAAUGUCUACUGGAACUGUACUUGGUGCUGGUAGUAUCGGAACAGAUAUUGCGAAUGAAGUUCUGGAUUUACAAAGGUUACAGUCUUCUUCGUCCCUUGAUGAUUCAAGUCCAACAGAUUUAAUGAAAGAUACUCACGCUGUAAACUGCAGAAAUAUAUCAAAUAAGAUGUUUCCACUAAGUCCUGAAAUGGGGGAACUAGAGGCUACCAGGUCAAACCAGAGCACUGCUGCUGUCCCCAGUAAUGAACCACUCCUCAGUGACGGUGCACAGCUGGAUUUCGAUGCCCUGUGUGACAAUGACGACACAGCGAUGGCUGCAUUCAUGAAUUAUUUAGAAGCAGAGGGGGGCCUCGGAGACCCUGGGGACUUCAGUGACAUCCAGUGGACACUCUAGCAUUUGUUUUUUAACUCCAAAAAUGAGAAACGUUUUAAAGCAUUUCACUUAC